AUGGGGAAUUGAGAGAUAUUAUCCUAUUGUCUAAAGAGGGCAGAAGGCGGGCUGCGAUCGCCAUCUUCUGGCCAUACUGUGACUUGUACAACACCUGGGGGGGGGAACUGGCAAGGGGAAGGGCGGUGGCUUCCCCCGCCACUGGCUUCCAGUGAUGACGUCAUCCCCACGCAGCCUUAGACCUAAGAAACGAAAGAAGGCAUUGUUUUGAUCAAGAUGUCGGGCGCUGCAGUCGUGAUUUGAUGGUGACACAAAGGAGACGUGCACCCACUACGCAGUUCCAAGGGUCCCCCCUCCCCACUCUUCGUUGCGCGAAUUAUUGGUGCCCUGCGACGACGUCACAGAAGUCGCUAAUGAAGCCCGCUAUCGACCCCAGGACUCGUGACCGAGAGGAUGAGGAGGACGUCCCUAAAGACGGCAGUGCCAAGCGCCAGCGGAGCGAUGCAAAGGCACCCCUUACCUUGCCCAUCACCCCAUCUUGGUAUGACGCCCCUUUCCCCUUUUACCGCCGGCCAGCUGAACUGGGACACUUUUCCCUAGAUGCCCAGCGCUGUUACCACGGGGAUGCUCGCCAGCUGCGCUACUAUGCCCCACCCCCCACGGAGGGCCCCUCCCCGGGAUUUGACCUGCGCGACGGCUACCCCGACCGCUACGUGCAGCGGGAUGAGAGCGUCCGCGAGGGACUGGAGCAUUUGCUGAAAUGGAUUGCUCAGAACCGGAAGCAGCUACAGACGGAGGACAAAGGGCGGCCGCUGAACGCCGACUUUGUGACGUGGCGGGGGCAUCUCACUAAAGUGCUGACCACGCCCUACGAAACUCAGGAUGGGUGGCUGCUGGCCGUCAGCCUCUUCCACGGGACCCUGUACAUCAACGAAGUUGAGACGGAGGCUGCCCGGAGGCAGCGGGAACAGCGCUCGGAGUUGCUGAAGGAACUCUCGUACAUGGGCUACAAGUUUGAGCAGUACAUGUGUGCCGUUACCCCAGACGGGACGCCUGAUCCAACUGGGAUGGUGAACACAAAUGAAGGUUUCUGCACAGUGAUCCGGACCCGUCUGGGAACCCACUCACUCCUGUUCUCGGGGGAGGUGGAUUGUACUGACCCUCGGAGCCCCUGGGCAGACCCACCAAGCUGUUAUGUCGAGCUGAAGACCAGCAAAGUCAUGCACAGCCCUGCUCAGAGGAAGAGUUUUUAUAGGCACAAGAUGAUCAAGUGGUGGGCUCAAUCCUUUCUGCCUGGAGUGUCUCGCAUUGUGGCCGGAUACCGGGGCCCAGAUGGCUCCAUCGUGGGACUGGAGACUUUUGAGACGAUGAAGAUAUUCCAGCUCAUUAGGGAGGACCCAAGCUGCUGGAAGCCAGCCGUGUGCAUGAAUUUUUGUGCGGCGUUCCUCGGCUUUGUGAAGAAAGUGGUGACCGAAGACAAUCCAAAGUUAGUCCACCUCUUUGCCUGGAACCCAGGCCACCCCGUUUCCUUCACGGUGCAUCGGGACUCUGAGCACACCUUCCUGCCUGACUGGUACGUGGAGGCUUUCAGCACCGAGAAACCCCCGACUCCACGCAUCCCAGACUGACGAGCUAGAGGUGGGGGCAGAGAGAGACAAGCUGGUUUUUGUGUCUAGGGUGGGAUGGGGCCAGGAGACGCAGGGUGGGUAAUUAAACAAAACAAAGCAAGCAUGAGGCGGCUGGUACCUGGUGCUCAGAAGGGGGGGACCCCCGUCACAAUGAAGGAACAGGGCAAUAAAGUAUUGUUGUAAACAAAAA